AUGUUUCAGUUUUUUCAUUUGAUUUUUUUUCUCCAUCUUCCUUUAUUCCCACCGUCCUUCUCUUUUUAUCUCAGUCAGUCGUGUUUCUACAGAUCGUCUUUUGCGGUCACACGUUUAUACAAGAAAUUUCUUGUCUUCCAUCAACUUUUUCUUGUUCUUUUCUCUCCGCUGUAUAAGUUUCAAUCCUCUGGUGUUUGGGCUCUGCUUUCUUUCUUUCUUUUCCUUCUUUUCUUUUCUUUCUUGCGUCUUUCUUUUCUUUCUUUUUCUACCUUUCUUUCUUUCUUUCUUUCUUUCUUUUCCUUCUUUUCUUUUCUUUCUUGCGUCUUUCUUUUCUUUCUUUUUCUACCUUUCUUUCUUUCUUUCUUUCUUUUCCUUCUUUUCUUUUCUUUCUUGCGUCUUUCUUUUCUUUCUUUUCUCUUUUCUUUUUUUCUUUCUUUCUUUUCCUUUUUUUCUUUUCUUUCUUUCUUUCUUUUUCUUUUCUUUUUCUACCUUUCUUUCUUUUCUUUUCCUUUUCUUUUCUUUCUUGCGUCUUUCUUUUCUUUCUUUUUCUACCUUCCUUUCUUUCUUUCUUUCUUUCAGUUUUCGUUUUCGUUCUUUCUUUUAGUUUCUUUCCUUCUGUUUUUUUCCUUUUUCUCUUUAUUCUUUCUUUCUUUUCUUUCUUCAUUCCUUUUCUUUAUUUCUUUCUUCAUUGAUUUUUCUGUUCUUUCUUUCUUUACCUUCCCACCUUUCGUACUUUUUCUCCCUUUCUUUCAUUUCUGUCGCUCUUUUCUUUCUUUCUUUUUUCUUAUUUUUUCGUUUUCGUUUUCGUUCUUUCUUUUCGUUUCUUUACUUCUUUUUUCUUCCUUUUUGUCCUUGUUCUUUAUUCAUUUCUUUUCAUUCCUUCCUUCUUUCUUCAUUUUUCUUUUUUCUUUCUUUCUUUCUUUCUUUCUUUCUUUCUUUCUUUGUUUUCCAAUCUUUCUUUCAUUUCGUUUGCUCUUUUCUCUCUUUCUUUUUCGAUUUUCUCUACUUUUUUUCAUUUCUUUCUUUCUUUUCGUUUCUUACUUUAUAUUUUCUUCCUUUUUUCUCAUUGUUCUUUCUUUUUCUUUUAUUUCUCUUUCUCCCUCUUUCUUUUUUUCUUUUUUCUUAUUCUUUUCUUUCGUUUUUGUUUACUUCUUUCUUUCUUUCUUUCUUUCUUUCUUUCCUACCUUACUUUCUAUUUUCUGCCUUUCUUUUUUUCUUCUCUCUUUUCUUUCUUUAUUUAUUUUCUUCUUCCUUCUUUAUUCCUUUCUUUCUUUCUUUCUUUCUUUUUUUAUUUUUCGGUUCUUUCUUUUCAUUGCUUCUUUCUUUCUUUACUUUCCUACUUUUUUUCUUUUUCUCCCUUUCUUUCAUUUCUUUAGCUCUUUUCUUUCUUUCCUGGUUUCCUCUACUUUUUAUUUUCGUUCUUUCUUUUCUUUACUUACCUUCCACUUCUUCCUUUUUUUCUCUUUGUUCUUCUUUCUUUCUUUCUUUCUUUCUUUCUUUUUUCUAUUCUUGCUUUCUGUAUUCUUUGAUGUCGUUCAUUUUGCGUCGUUCCUUUAUAUUAACAUAUUCACCGCCAUAUGA